AUGAAUAUAAAAGAAGUAAAAUUGUCGCAUAUAAAGAAAGAUGACAGAAAAAAGGUGUAUCCGCCUUCUCAAGACACUUUUAUAUUGAUAGAUGCGAUUUUAAAUGAUAUUGAGUAUAUAAAGGCAUAAUCAAAAAAUGGCGUGAUUCGAAUUUUCUGGUCUCCCGACCGAAAAUUUUCUCCUCAAUUUUUUGAUUAUGAGGUUUGGCUUUCCCCAGCGAAUUUAUCCCGGCGAUGACAGGGCUUCAAGUGCCUGUGGUGCGCGACGCAGGACUCCUGUCCCUUAGGGAUUCGAACUUUCUGGAAGGAUGUCACCAACCCCAGACGGUGGAGACUGGGACCUUUAGAGUCCCUGACAGACCCAAGUUGGUUUUGCCCAAGGGCCUUUGAAAUCCGAACGCCGAAGGGACCUUGAAGUCAGGUGGUGUACGACAUUUUGGUGGAGCGGGGAAACCCAGAAGCAGGACGGAUACCUGUGCAGGGAAUGUGGUAUUGGACGUUAAGCGUGCUUAAUAAUUAAGUAAGUAAGAGUAUAUAAAGGCACUAAAUCCUACAAUUGUCUUAGAGAUUGGAGUAGGUUCUGGGGCUGUAAUUUCCUCACUUGCACUAAAUUUAGACAAUGCAUUCUUUUUAGGGUUUGAUAUAAAUAUAGAUGCAGUUAAGCUUACACAGAGAACUUUUUGCGAAAAUAGGAUAGAAAUGGCUGAUGUGGUAGGGAUUGAUAUAUUAAAAGGACUAAAUUUGAGAAAUAAAGUAGAUGUUGUUAUAUGUAAUCCUCCAUAUGUAACUUCUACUAGAGAAGAGUACUUAGAGUGCCAAAAUAAUAGGGAUAUUUCAAGUAGCUGCCCUGGAGGGGAAAAUGGAAGAGAGUUUAUUGAUGAAUUGUUAAGGGUUGUUGAUGGGAUUUUGAGUGAAAAUGGAGUGCUUUAUUUACUUUAUGAAGAAGAAAAUGGGCAGUUUGGAGGCAUUAAUUUGCUUACAGAAAGGACUGGAUGUGAAGGGCUGUGCGUUAUUAGAAGAAAUAAAAAUAAUCAAACAAAAUAA